AUGGAAGACGCAUCCAAUCCGCCUACAUCUCCAGACAUCCGGCCAUGCAUCAUCGAACUACUUCGAACGGGAUAUCACCCUCCAGAGCUUGUUCUUCGGGUUGAGCGUGUGAUCGAUGUGCCUAUUGUAUUGUCGCAACCUGUUGACCGUUUGCCUGAGCCUAGCUCGUUGAUAGCGCCCGAAACUCACGACGACGUGGUAAUUCCCACUCGUCGAACAUACCGACUCUUUCUUGGAGAUGGUGAAUACACUAUUCAAGCGCUCCUACGGCAGGAGUUGCAUUUUUUCGUGGCAACUCGGGAGGUAAAACCAGGCGCCGUUCUCGCAUUAGAGAGAUAUGAGACUAGGAAGGCUGAUAGAAUCACCGACCCAGCUGGAUACAAUUACAAGGGACCAUGCUCUCCGAAACCUAUUGUGUACUUGGCAGUGGAGCGAUUCAGGACGCUAAACCGUGAACAGCUGCGUUCUGAUGAACCGUUGCAUGAUGAAAUUGAAAUUGGUCUCCCGAUUAUCAAGGCCGUAUCAGUGGAAAAAUAUUCCGGAAAACACACUCUAGAUAAUCAGGGCAUGGGAUCACAAUCCCCGUCCAAAACGCCUAAGCUGCUGGUUCGGACUUCGAAAGCAGUCAACGAACUUGAGGAACGAGACAUCUCACCACUAUUGGAUGGGACUAUAAAGAAACUUGGUGGGGAUGUGGAAACAAAUAUAUUGCUUGAUGCCUCAGAAAAUCAUAUUUGUAUGCCUGAAGAGGUUCGCGAGCUCCCUUCACAUCACCAAUGUUGCGAAGGUGGCAAGCCCAAGUCUCAGCUAUCGCCAUCAAAAUGUAACCACAACUCUACAGCCAUAGAUGGCCCAAUAACGUCCAUAAAAGAUCCAACCAAACACUUCAAUGUACGCUCGGAAGCUAUCCAAGCUCGAAUGUUACUCCCGACUACCCAACCCAUUAACGUCCUUCCUUUACACGCACUUCUUCAACCUCAACACCCUCUUCCAAAACGCAAUUAUAUUGUUGAUAUAUUUGGAAUUAUAUCAUGGAUCUCUCCUACCGUCAUUACACGACGUAAUAUGCCUCCAAAGCGCGAUUUACGUGUCAUAGAUCCUAGCUUUAUUCACCAUCCUUACCAAAACAAACACCCUAAUAAUACUAAGCUUGGACUUGGGAUUUCUGUCAGCAUUUUUGUUAAUGCUGAGCAGUUCUGUCCGCCCGUUGGAACAGUAGCACUGUUCAGAAACCUCAAGACACAUGAGUGGGAGGGUAUUAGCUUAAAUGCAUAUGAAAAGGACUGUGGAGGUGGAAAAGAGUGGUUUGUUUCUGAUAGUGGCAGGCUAAAGAGUUUUGGUUACGAUGUUGUGGGGAUCAGAGCCUGGUGGGAUGGGUGGUGUGCUAUGAGGAAGAAUGCCAAAGGUGAAAUAGGGGAGGAGGCUCCAACAUCAGAGCAUAUACAUCUUUUUGAGAAUUCUAUUGUCAUCUAG